AUGCCAAAGGAAAGCAAAGGCAAAAGUGCCGUUCGGGGCGAAAGUUCUAUCGACUCACCUUCCCGCACCGGUGCUAAACCAUAUAACAAGCGAUCCGCUCCUACGACCUCCAAUGGCCCCUCAUCCAAAUCACAGCAUACCUCAAAGAAGCCACGCUUCGAAAAGCCAAACCCAUCAGGCUCGUCCUCAAGUCUACCCGGUGCAUCAAAAAUCAAGGCAUCUAUCCGGCAGACAAAGCGUUUGCUUGCUAAACCCAACCUCGCGCCGGGUACCAAGAUCGAAGCCGAACGCAGACUCAAGUCUCUCGAGUCUGAUCUGGAGGUUGCCUCUCGCAAACAGGUGGAAAAGUCUCGAGCAUCUCGCUAUCAUCGAGUCAAGUUUGUCGAGAGGCAAAAGUUGGUGCGCCGCAUCGCCAGAUGUAAACGUAAUCUUGCACGGCUGAACAGCGACAAGGCAGCGCAGGAUUUGGAUUCAGAAGGUGAAGCGAGCGACGAUGAUGAUGAAGGGUACGGAAAUCAGCGAUUAAAGGAGUCCAAGAUGUCCAAAGAGGAGCUGACGAAAAUGCUGAGGUGGUUGAGAGAGUUGUUGCAAUAUGUGAUGCAGUACCCUGCUGAUCUAAGGUACGUGGCGUUGUUCCCUACUGCGGAGGAAGGACCGAGUCCACCAGAUGCAAAGGAGAAAGACAAGAGCAGGCAGAUGGCAUAUCAGCACUUGGAGAGAGUAAAGAAGGCGAUCGAUGAUGGACAAAUUAGCGAAGAGGUGGAGGUCGAGUUGAGUAGCAAACAUCGUACAUUGAAGAAGCUGGCGACCAGUACUGGCGGAAGUAGCAAUGGAACCACCCCGACGACGUCGCAGGCAAAGAACAAGCAAAAGAUGGCCAAGAAGACGGACAAAACAACAAAGAAUAAGCGCAAGAACGAAGAGCCGAUCAGUGAUGAUGACGACGAGAGCGACGAGGAUGCAGCGGGCGCUGGAGGUGUCAAAGGCGAUGAUUUUUUCGCUCAAGACUCUGAUGAUGAAGAGUAA